AUGCCUUCUGCGGUACAACAGCCUAGAACGCUCUAUGACAAGGUCUUCAACGAUCAUAUCGUCAACCAGCAAGAAGAUGGCACAGUCCUACUAUAUAUAGACAGACAUCUUGUUCACGAAGUCACAUCUCCACAAGCCUUCGAAGGAUUGGAAAAUGCCGGCCGAAAAGUACGAAGACCUGACUGCACGCUUGCCACUACAGAUCACAACGUACCGACCACUCCGAGGAAGAAUUUUAAGAACGUCGCCGAUUUCGUGAAGGAGGACGACUCCAGACUACAAUGUAUCACUCUAGAGGAGAAUGUGAAAAAGUUUGGUCUUACAUACUUCGGUCUCGGCAGCGCCAACCAGGGCAUUGUACACAUCAUUGGUCCUGAACAAGGCUUCACUCUACCAGGGACUACUGUGGUAUGUGGAGAUUCUCAUACCUCGACCCAUGGCGCAUUUGGCGCACUCGCCUUUGGUAUCGGUACCAGUGAAGUAGAGCACGUGCUGGCCACUCAGUGCUUAAUAACAAAGAAGAGCAAGAAUAUGAGGGUCCAAGUCGAUGGAAGGUUGGCAUCUGGUGUCUCGAGUAAAGACAUCAUCCUACACAUCAUUGGAGUCAUUGGUACUGCUGGCGGUACUGGUUCAGUCAUUGAGUUCUGUGGCUCUGCCAUUCGCGCUUUGAGCAUGGAGGCAAGAAUGUCCAUCUGUAAUAUGUCGGUUGAGGGUGGUGCAAGAGCAGGAAUGAUCGCUCCGGACCAGAUCACUUUCGACUACCUCCGAGGACGUCCACUUGCUCCGGUACCAGACAGUUCCGAGUGGAAAAAGGCUGUGGCUUAUUGGUCCAGCUUGGCCUCAGACCCAGAGGCUAAAUACGAUCGUGAAGUCUUCAUCGACGCUAAGGACAUCGCACCAACGGUAACUUGGGGUAACUCACCACAAGAUGUUGUUCCCAUCACCGGCGUGGUUCCUGGCCCAGAUGACUUCCAGGAUAAGGCAAAGAAAGAGUCGUGCCAACGAGCUCUGGAUUAUAUGGGCUUGACAGCAGGCACGAGGAUGGAGGACGUUGAGCUUGACAAGGUAUUCAUCGGCUCAUGCACGAACGCAAGAAUGGAAGAUCUGAGAGCCGCAGCCAAGAUCGUCGAAGGCAAAAAGGUUGCAAAGAACAUCAAGCGUGCUAUGGUCGUACCAGGAUCUGGCAACGUAAAGAAUCAGGCAGAAAAAGAAGGUCUCGACAAAAUUUUCAUUGAUGCAGGAUUCGAAUGGCGUGAAGCUGGCUGCAGUAUGUGUUUGGGCAUGAACCCAGAUAUCCUCUCUCCUCGCGAACGAUGUGCUUCGACCUCGAAUCGAAACUUCGAAGGUCGCCAAGGUGCUUACGGAAGAACACAUCUUAUGUCUCCAGUCAUGGCGGCUGCUGCCUCAAUAACUGGCAAGCUCACGGACGUACGUAAGAUGACGGAUGACGCCACACCUCAGAAGGCCUCGCCAAAGAUGGAGAUCUCGGAACACGUCGACGAUAUGUCGGAUGGUGAAGAGCUCGAGCGAAAUCAAGACUUGCCAAACGACUCGAAUGAAGGCGUUCAGCACUCUCGAGGCGCCACUGGCUCUCCAGGUCUGCCACCUUUUACAAUCUGGAAAGGUAUCGCAGCACCAUUGGACAGAACAAAUGUUGAUACAGACGCCAUAAUACCAAAACAAUUCCUAAAAACCAUCAAGCGAACAGGACUUGGUAAAGCACUGUUCGAUCCUCUGCGCUUCAAGGAAGACAGGUCUGAGAAUCCGGACUUCAUUCUCAACAAAGAGCCAUAUCGCAAAGCCAAGAUUCUGGUAGUCACAGGACCAAACUUUGGUUGUGGCUCAUCUCGAGAACACGCACCUUGGGCUCUCCUUGAUUUCGGUAUUAAGUGUGUCAUCGCUCCUUCAUUCGCAGAUAUUUUCUUCAAUAAUACAUUCAAGAACGGCAUGCUGCCACUGAUUAUGCCGGACGAAGCCAAGCUUACCGUCAUUGCUGACAAAGCCAGAGCGGGUGAAGAGAUCGAGGUCGACCUCCCCAACCAGGUCAUCAAAGAUGCUUCAGGUAACGAGCUGGCCACAUUUGAAGUGGAAGAGUUCAGGAAACACUGCUUGGUCAAAGGUCUUGACGACAUUGGCCUGACGAUGCAGAUGGAUGACAAGAUCUCCGAGUUCGAGGGCAGAAGGACACAAGAAACACCCUGGUUAGAUGGCAGUGGCUAUCUCGCACACUGGAGGACAGGGAAGAAAGGUGGUGUUCCAGGACAGCCGACAAGGAUUGAGGCAGCGCCAGUACCAAAGACUAAUAGAGGUGAGCCUCUGACUGAUCCGACGGACUGGUAG